AUGCCUGCCUCGACUAGUGAGGCAACUGGUUGCGAGCAUGAUGGGAUUGCUGAUAAUCCAUCGCCUGAGGCUCGCACCAAUGAGAACUCCCUCAUGUCUCUGAGUGUCUCUUCAUUGGAAGCCGGAGAUAAUGGCGUCGUAGGCAAAGAAGGCAUGUCGACAAAGCAAUACAGAGCCCCUAUUGCCAGAAGAAUAACGGCAAGAUCGCCGAAUUUGCAGCCUUCCCCUGUCUACUCUCUUCGCAGUCAAGUAUCUAGUCUGCGCUUAGAUUAUCAAGAGGACGAGGAGGAUAAAGAUUUAACGACUACUAGCAAGCCAUCUGAACAUGCAUUGUUCAGUCAAGUUCUGAAUUGGCUUCACCAAGAGCAAAGUAAGCACAGAAAUGGCGGCGAUGGAAUUCUCACUACGGGUGUUAAUGGGCGACUUCAUGUAGAAGAGAAACGGCAUUCUCUCGGCUCUGAGAAGGGACUUGCGCUGGACCAGUUGGAAACCAUCCUUGAGCAUUAUGCGGCAUCAGCAAGGGAACAGGCAAACCCUGUUCAGCGCAGACGGUCCAAAAAGCAUCGCCACCCGCGGUUGAAGGGGCUAAGGAGAGGCUCGGGCUCGGAUUCGGAUUACUUUGAUGAUGCCGUCGUGCCCAGUGUCGAUGCUGUCCUCGACAAUACCAAAACCCUGGGUUACACUGGUGGCAGUUCCACAGACCAUCUUACUCUUUCCGCUGACUCGCAAAGUCGAAACGUGAAAGAGAGUCCACACUGGCUAACCUUCAAAUCGGAAAUUCUACGCUUGACCCAUACGCUUCGACUGAAGGGAUGGCGCAAAGUUGCCGUGGAAGACUGUGCUGACAUUGAAGUAACUCGCCUCAGCGGUGCUCUUACUAAUGCUGUCUAUGUCGUGAAACCACCGCGUCCAUCGCCUCCCACACCGAAUGCUGAUAGGACUGCAAUAAGGGCCCCAAGGAGGCCUCCUCCCAAACUGCUUCUCCGUAUCUACGGCCCACAAGUAGAGCAUCUCAUCGAUCGAGAAGCAGAACUUCAAGUUCUUCGCCGACUAGGGCGAAAGCACAUCGGACCCCGAGUUCUUGGUACAUUCACAAACGGGCGAUUUGAAGAGUUUUUCAACGCCCAGCCGUUGACUCCCCAAGAGCUGAGAAAUCCCGAGACUUCGCGACAUAUAGCUAAACGUAUGAGGGAGCUUCAUGAUGGCAUCGAACUGCUCGAGGAGGAGCGACAGGGGGGACCGACCGUGUUCCGUAAUUGGGACAAUUGGGUAGAUCGCUGUGAGCAAGUCAUAUCUUGGCUUGACAAGGAAAUUCUCUUGGAUCGGAAGGAUUGCUCAGAACCCUGGCGUCAACGGGGGUUGGUUUGCGGCGUGCCGUGGGCAACAUUUCGAAAAGCCGUGGAGAAUUACCGAAUUUGGCUGAUUGAUCAUCUGGGAGGCAUCAAGGAGGUUAAGCAACAGCUCGUCUUUGCGCACAAUGAUACCCAAUAUGGCAAUCUCCUCCGUCUUGAACCCGAGGAAGAAUCCCCUUUACUAUUACCAGCCAAUUCCCACAAACAACUAGUGGUGAUUGACUUUGAAUAUUCGUCUGCAAACAUGCCCGGACUUGAAUUCGCAAACCACUUUACUGAAUGGUGCUACAACUACCACGACCCCGAGCGACCGUGGGCAUGCAACACCCGCGCUUAUCCAACACCUGAAGAACAGUACCGUUUCAUCUCAGCAUACGUGUAUCACGGCCGAUCGCAUUCCUCACAAAACGCCAGCGGCGGGGGUAUAGCCACUUCACCACUCACCACGCCAGACAUAGCGCCAUCUUCCAUCCCGACUCCGCGUUUAGCGCCCUUUUCGCUCGAUGCGCCAAUGUUGAGUCUGUCCUCGCAAUUAAACACGCCAGACACUCCAGACAGAAUUGUAUAUGAAGAAGUUUACGAGGCGGAGAUCCAGCAUCAUUUACGGCAAGCGCGGUUAUGGCGCGUAGCUAAUUCUGCGCAGUGGGUUGCAUGGGGUAUCGUGCAGGCGAAAGUGCCAGCCAUGGAAGAAGAAGAAAAAGAGGAAAAGAAACAGAGCGCAGAAGAGAAUGCCACCGCUGUAGGAAAUCACGAUAACGAUAAACACGAAACCAGUUUGGUGGAAGAAACUGACCCCGAAAGCGAGUUUGACUAUCUGGCCUAUGCGCAAGACCGUGCGCUGUUCUUCUGGGCCGAUGUACUUGCUAUGGGGCUUGUACGUGAGAGUGAGCUGCCGAGCGAACUGUUGAAGGUGGUCAAGAAGCGGAUAUUGAAUUAUUGA